AUGGGCUUCGGGGCUUUCGACCUGGACUUGUCCCGACUAGAGAGGAAGCAGACUCGCGGGACCGUGGGUCCGCCGCCUCCCCGCUCUCAGCGGCGAGCCCUAGGGCUCUGGCGGCCUGCCCGGACUGACAUGCUCCCGGGGACAGAGAGCAGCCCUGCCCGCCCUCCCGUGUGGCGGCAGCAGCAGCCGCCGCCGCCGCCGCCGCCCGCGCCCCCCCCGGGCCCCGGGCCCGUGGCCCCCCAGCAGCCGCCCCGGGCCGGGGCGGCGCCCCCGGAGGCGACGGACGAGGGCCGUCCGCGGGCCCGACUCCGCAGCCGCGACAGCUCGUGCGGCCGCCCCGGCACCCCGGGCGCCGCAAGCAUCGCCAAGGGCAGCCCGAACGGCGAGUGCGGGCGCGGCGAGCCGCAGUGCAGCCCCGCGGGGCCUGAGGGCCCGGCGCGGGGGGCCAAGGUGUCGUUCUCGUGCCGCGGAGCGGCCGCGGGGCCCGCGCCCACCUCGGGCGCGGGGCCGGGGCCGGCGGACGAGGCUGGCAGCGAGGAGGCGGGCCCGGCGGGGGAGCCGCGCGGCAGCCAGGCCAGCUUCAUGCAGCGCCAGUUCGGCGCGCUCCUGCAGCCGGGCGUCAACAAGUUCUCGCUGCGGAUGUUCGGCAGCCAGAAGGCUGUGGAGCGCGAGCAGGAGCGCGUCAAGUCGGCGGGGGCCUGGAUCAUCCACCCGUACAGCGACUUCAGGUUCUAUUGGGACUUCACCAUGUUGCUGUUCAUGGUGGGAAACCUCAUCAUCAUACCUGUGGGCAUCACCUUCUUCAAGGACGAGACCACGGCCCCGUGGAUCGUGUUCAACGUGGUCUCAGACACGUUCUUCCUCAUGGACCUGGUGCUGAACUUCCGCACGGGCAUCGUGAUUGAGGACAACACGGAGAUCAUCCUGGACCCCGAGAAGAUCAAGAAGAAGUACCUGCGCACGUGGUUCGUGGUGGACUUCGUGUCCUCCAUCCCCGUGGACUACAUCUUCCUCAUCGUGGAGAAGGGCAUCGACUCCGAGGUUUACAAGACGGCGCGCGCCCUGCGCAUCGUGCGCUUCACCAAGAUCCUUAGCCUCCUGCGGCUGCUGCGCCUGUCGCGCCUCAUCCGCUACAUCCACCAGUGGGAGGAGAUCUUCCACAUGACCUACGACCUGGCGAGCGCGGUCAUGCGCAUCUGCAACCUCAUCAGCAUGAUGCUGCUGCUGUGUCACUGGGACGGGUGUCUGCAGUUCCUGGUGCCCAUGCUGCAGGACUUCCCGCGCAACUGCUGGGUCUCCAUCAACGGCAUGGUGAACCACUCGUGGAGCGAGCUCUACUCCUUCGCACUCUUCAAGGCCAUGAGCCAUAUGCUGUGCAUCGGGUACGGGCGGCAGGCCCCGGAGAGCAUGACGGACAUCUGGCUGACGAUGCUGAGCAUGAUCGUGGGUGCCACUUGCUACGCCAUGUUCAUUGGCCACGCCACUGCCCUCAUCCAGUCUCUGGACUCCUCACGGCGCCAGUACCAGGAGAAGUACAAGCAGGUGGAGCAGUACAUGUCCUUCCACAAGCUGCCCGCCGACUUCCGUCAGAAGAUCCAUGACUACUAUGAGCACCGUUACCAGGGCAAGAUGUUUGACGAGGACAGCAUCCUGGGGGAGCUCAACGGGCCGCUGCGGGAGGAGAUUGUCAACUUCAACUGCCGGAAGCUGGUGGCCUCGAUGCCACUGUUUGCCAAUGCAGACCCCAACUUUGUCACAGCCAUGCUGACCAAACUCAAAUUCGAGGUCUUCCAGCCAGGUGACUACAUCAUCCGCGAGGGCACCAUCGGCAAGAAGAUGUAUUUCAUCCAGCACGGUGUGGUCAGCGUGCUCACCAAGGGCAACAAGGAGAUGAAGCUGUCCGAUGGCUCCUAUUUCGGGGAGAUCUGCCUGCUGACACGGGGCCGGCGCACGGCCAGCGUGCGCGCGGACACCUACUGCCGCUUGUACUCCCUGAGCGUGGACCACUUCAACGAGGUGCUGGAGGAGUACCCCAUGAUGCGGCGGGCCUUCGAAACCGUCGCCAUCGAUCGCCUAGACCGCAUCGGCAAGAAGAACUCGAUCCUGCUGCACAAAGUGCAGCACGACCUCAACUCGGGCGUGUUCAACAACCAGGAGAACGCCAUCAUCCAGGAGAUCGUCAAGUACGACCGCGAGAUGGUGCAGCAGGCAGAGCUGGGCCAGCGCGUGGGCCUCUUCCCACCACCGCCGCCGCCGCAGGUCACCUCGGCCAUCGCCACGCUGCAGCAAGCUGUGGCCAUGAGCUUCUGCCCGCAGGUGGCGCGCCCGCUCGUGGGGCCGCUGGCGCUCGGCUCGCCGCGCCUCGUGCGCCGCCCGCCCCCGGGGCCCGCGCCCGCGCCCUCCACCGCCGCCUCGCCGGGGCCCGCGCCCUCCGCCGCCAGCCCCUCGGGCGCCCGCGCCUCGCGCCCGCUGUCGGCCUCGCAGCCCUCGCUGCCCCACGGCGCGCCCGGCCCGGGCCCCGCGGCCUCGGCGCGCCCAGCCAGCAGCUCCACGCCGCGCUUGGGGCCCGCGCCCGCCGCCCGGGCCGCAGCGCCCAGCCCGGACCGCAGGGACUCGGCUUCGCCCGGCGUCGCCGGCGGCCUCGACCCGCUGGACUCCGCGCGCUCGCGCCUCUCGUCCAACUUGUGA